GAUAAAGAAUAUUGAAGUUUAUCAGAGAAGAUAUGAAAUAUAAAGAUGCAUCUAAUAAGCACAGCCAUCUACACAGGGAAGAUAAGCACAUAACUGUUGAGGACUUAUGGAAACGAUGGAAAACAUCAGAAGUUCAUAAUUGGACCCUUGAGGACACCCUGCAGUGGUUGGUGGAAUUUGUUGAACUGCCCCAAUAUGAAAAGAAUUUUCGAGAUAAUAAUGUGAAAGGAACAACACUUCCCAGGAUAGCUGUGCACGAGCCGUCCUUCAUGGUCACUCAGUUGAAGAUCAUUGACCGGAGUCACAGGCAGAAGCUUCAGCUCAAGGCGCUGGACGUGGUGCUCUUCGGCCCUCUGACACGCCCACCUCAUAACUGGAUGAAGGAUUUUAUCCUCACGGUGUCGAUAGUAAUUGGUGUUGGAGGAUGCUGGUUUGCUUACACGCAGAAUAAGACAUCAAAAGAGCACGUCGCAAAAAUGAUGAAAGACUUAGAGAGCCUGCAGACGGCUGAGCAGAGCUUAAUGGACUUACAGGAGAGGCUCGAAAAGGCCCAGGAAGAAAACCGAAAUGUCGCCGUAGAGAAGCAAAAUCUGGAGCGCAAGAUGAUGGAUGAAAUCAAUUACGCGAAGGAAGAGGCCUGUCGGCUGCGAGAGCUGAGGGAAGGGGCUGAGUGCGAGCUGAGUAGACGCCAGUAUGCUGAGCAGGAGCUGGAACAGGUUCGCAUGGCUCUGAAAAAAGCUGAGAAAGAAUUUGAACUCCGAAGUAGCUGGUCUGUUCCCGAUGCACUUCAGAAGUGGCUUCAGUUGACCCAUGAAGUCGAAGUACAGUACUACAAUAUUAAAAGACAGAAUGCAGAGAUGCAGUUAGCUAUUGCUAAGGAUGAGGCGGAGAAGAUUAAAAAGAAGAGAAGCACCGUCUUUGGAACGCUGCAUGUUGCACACAGCUCCUCCCUUGACGAGGUGGACCACAAAAUCCUGGAAGCAAAGAAAGCGCUGUCUGAAUUGACAACUUGUUUACGAGAACGACUUUUUCGCUGGCAACAGAUUGAAAAGAUCUGCGGCUUUCAGAUAGCCCAUAACUCGGGGCUCCCCAGCCUGACCUCGUCCCUCUAUUCUGAUCAUAGCUGGGUGGUGAUGCCCAGAGUCUCCAUUCCACCCUACCCAAUUGCUGGGGGAGUUGAUGACUUAGAUGAAGACACCCCCCCUAUCGUGUCACAGUUUCCUGGGACCAUGGCUAAGCCAACCGGAUCAUUAGCCAGAAGCAGCAGCCUGUGCCGCUCCCGCCGCAGCAUCGUGCCGUCCUCGCCCCAGUCUCAGCGUGCCCAGCUGCCUCCGCAUGCCCCGGCGAACCCCCGGCACACACACCAGCCCCAGCACACACAGCACUCAUUGCCUUCCCCGGAUCCGGACAUCCUCUCGGUUUCUAGCUGCCCCGCUUUAUAUCGAAAUGAAGAGGAGGAGGAGGCCAUCUACUUCUCGGCCGAAAAGCAAUGGGAAGUGCCCGACACUGCUUCCGAAUGUGACUCCUUAAACUCCUCCAUCGGGAGGAAACAGUCCCCUCCCUCCAGCCUGGAGAUCUACCAAACGCUCUCUCCUCGAAAGACCUCCAGAGAUGAGCUCUCCCUGGAGGGUUCGUCCCGAGGAGACUCGCCCAUCACCGCAGAUCUCUCUCGGGGCUCUCCCGACUGUGUGGGCCUGACGGAGACCAAGAGCAUGAUCUUCAGCCCCGCCAGCAAGGUGUACAACGGCAUCCUGGAGAAGUCCUGCAGCAUGAACCAGCUGUCCAGUGGCCUCUCGGCCUCGAAGCCACGCCACACGGCCUGCUCCUCGGCUGGCUACGACAACAAGCCCAUGCAGGAGGCUCCGAGUGUGGCCAGGAUAAGCAGCAUCCCACACGACCUUUGUCACAAUGGCGAGAAAAGCAAAAAGCCAUCCAAAAUUAAAAGCCUUUUUAAGAAGAAGUCUAAAUGAACUGGCUGACUUGGUGGAAUUCCAUCCAAGUGGCACCUUUAAACUGUUACCACCUCCCCCCUCCCCCUCCCCACUCCUUUCCCUCCCCCUCCCCAUGACUUUUUUGUUGUUUUAAUUUUAGGAAUGUAACUCCAUUGGGUUUUCCAGAUUGGAUGCCAUAGUGGAAUGUCCUUAAGGGCAACUGUCUGCUGUCUGCUUAUUUAAGUGACUAGAUAGUCAGUUCAUCCAGCCAGUCUUACUGAAGAAAUCAUUCAGAGAUGAGACAGUUUACAGUCAUUUCUGCCUAUUUAUUCUGCAUUGUUACUGGUGAUGUACAUACAACUCGUUGUUGUGAAAGCCACCAUGGACUUACAAGCUUUAAUGGACUCGUAAGCCAGCAUGGGCUUGCAAAAAUCUCUUGUUUACCAGAGCAUCUUCUCAUCUUUCCACAGAGCUAUUGUUAUCCUGGACUAAAUAACUUAAAAGAAGUCAAACUAAUUGCACUACUGUUUUCCAGACUGGG